AUGGGAUCCCUUCAUACUGAACUUUCACCAUCGCCAGCCUUCUCUUCUGUGCGUUCCGCAUUGGCCCAGAACAACAACAGAAUCAUUCUCUGUGAAUCUCACGAUGGCACCUCCACAGAGAUCAUCAGAGCAACUGUUGGUAAGAACGGCCAGAAGUUCGACGGCAUCUGGUACAGUGGUCUCUGUCAGACUACCUAUCUCGGCAUUCCAGACAGUGAGACGCUCUCCCCACUCCAACGGGCAUCACUCCUCGCACUUGACGGGGAGCUCAAGCGCAAAACAAGCAACCGCUCCCUCUGCGCCGCUUUUGACGCAGAUAGUGGUGGUGAUAUUGCAGAUAUCCCUGCUUUGGUCGCACUCAUGAACCUUGUCGGCGUCGGCAUGGUCGUCAUCGAGGACAAGGCCGUUUCAGCCCCAGGCCAAAAGGUCAACUCGCUUGCUGCGUCAUCUGCUUCACAGGCUCUGGCUGAUCCCCACGAAUUCGCGGAAGUAAUCCGCGCUUUCAGAGAGGUGAAUGCAAAGGCAAAGGGAGGCCCCAUGAUCACUGCUCGUAUUGAGUCCUUCUGCUGCCGUGUCUCUAAGGCAGAUGCGGAAGAAGAAAGCAGAUCUUACGAGGCUGCACACCAAGAUGCCCUGAACCGAGCCAAGGUCUACCAUGAGGCGGGUAUCGACGCUAUCAUGAUCCACUCCAAGAGCAAAUCUCCCCAUGAGGUUACUCGGUUCUUGCGCGAGUACCGCGAGUUCGACUCCCAGACACCUCUUGUUGUCGUUCCAACUACCUACUCAGAGAUACCCAAGGAUGCUCUGUACGAGGCUGGCGCCAACGUUAUCAUCUACGCCAACCACUUGAUGCGCGCCAAGAUCAGCGCUGUUGGCUCUAUCUCUGACAAGAUCCUAGCCAAGAACUUGGACCUGUUUUACAACGACGCUGAGAUACGAGCAAUGAUUCAGGCUCGCAACUACGGUUGCCUUCUUAGAAAGCUACGGAACCGUAGUGCUUGGGGCGAGGAGAGCAAUGAGGCAAGGAUGUACAGAAUUGUUGCGGAGGCGACGGCCUCGGAGAACAUUCAGGCUACUGUGAUCGACUUGCUAGAGGGGAAGCUUGCAGGGUGCGAGGCAGACACGCGCAUUGUCAGCGUCAAAGAACUUCUCAAGAUCAAUGCAAAGCAGGUAGUUCCCGUAGCGGAGCUUGUCACCCAGGUAGAUGUUUACUAG